CAAUUAUUCCCUUAGGAAAUUUGUUAAGUUUUGUUACUGAGGAUAUUUCUUUAAAAGCUGGACCAGCUAUCGCGAGGUUAUUAAAUGCUACUUUUGGAAAUGCAACAGAAUUAAUUAUUUCUGUUUUUGCUCUGUAUGCUAGAGAAAUUAAAAUAGUUCAGUCUUCUAUAUUAGGUUCGAUUAUUUUAAAUAUUUUAUUAGUAUUAGAAAUAUGUUUUCUUACUGGAGGCAUUAAGUAUAAGACUCAAAAAUUUAAUCAAACUGCUGCUCAGACUAGUUCGAGUUUGAUGACCUUAGCUUGUAUAAGCUUAAUAAUUCUUGCUAUAUUUAACUUUUCUUUAAGCAAUGACAAUAAAGAAACUUUAUUAUUAUCUCAUGGGGAACAAGUUGAAGAGCCACAAUUAUCUCUUAUAUUUUCUAUAAUUUUUUUAAUUAUUAUAACUGGUCUUAUUUCUUUAUCUUCUGAAUUUUUAGUAAAUUCAUUUGAAGGAGUAGUAAAAACUCUUGGUUUUACAAAAACUUUCAUUGGAUUAAUAAUUUUGCCAAUCCACGUCACUGCAGUUAUCGCUACAAGAAAAGAUAAAAUGAAUAUAGCAAUUAGUAUAGCUGUUGGCUCUUCUAUAGUAAGCUAA